AUGCGUCUUCGCAAAAAACAAGCACCGGCCACGGCAUAUUUGGCCAUGAACAGUACCAAGCGGGUUCCUGCCACCCAGCUGAUCAACGGCGAGGCAUGCUCGGCCUAUUAUAACCCCACAUUUUACAUGGAAUCAUUGGAGCUCGAACAUCAAGAGGGGGACAUAAUUGAGGUGACCCAACAUAUUCUCAUUUACGUUGCAACGAACUGGCGAACGUUGCUGUACUUGAAAGAACUAUUGAACAGGUGCAAUUAUAGAGUGACUUUUCCCAGAACGGGGACCCAUUUGGUUCAGCAAAUGAUCCAGCUCCUCCUGAACAAGGGUCAAUCGAUGAGGACAUUCGCCGAGUUCACGAACAGGGCCCCAUUCCUGGAGAUUCAGGGACUGCAGGAGUCGUCGUCGGAUGCUCCGAGGCUCCUACGGACGCACCUUCCGAUGAACAGACUGCGGUUCAGCGACAAGGCCAAAUACGUCUACGUGGCCAGGAAUCCUUGGGACUGCUGCGUGUCCAUCUUCCACAUGAUGCGGGACUUUCCGUUGUACGACUUCGCCGACGGAACUUUUGAGGAUUUCCUGGGCACGUUCCUGGAUGGUAAAUUCGGCUUCGGCGACUACUUUGACCACGUCCUCUCGGGUUACGAGCACAGACACGAUUCUAAUGUGUUUUUUGUGACUUACGAGGAGAUUCAUAGGGACAAGGCGGGAGUUGUUUUUAGGUUGGCACGCUUCUUGGGCGAGGAGUACGGCGAUAGGGUGCGGAGUGACAGCGAUCUUCUGAAACUCGUUCUCGAAAGGAGUAGCGUCGAAUUCAUGAAAGAUGUACUGCGAACCGACGCAAAAGGAAUAACACAGUUGCUUGGGCGCGGUUAUGUUCCGCCAGUCUCAGGAAGCGAAGAAGCAAAACGGGCCAAGUGCAGCCUUGUUCGGAAAGGUAAAGUUGGUGGUUGGAAAUCGUACUUUUCGGCCGAAAAUGUAACGCAAAUGCAGCGUAAAAUUGACGAAAAGUUCGAAGGUACUGGUAUUAUGAGUAUUUGGACGGACAAUGAGCUUGGUCAUAAGCAUUAA